AUGGCCACCUUCGACAGCAAGUACCCCCACCGCUUGAGCGUCGCGCCGAUGAUGGGCGUCACCGAUAAACAUUGGAGGCACCUCGCGCGACUGUUAUCAAGAAAGACGCUCUUGUACACCGAAAUGGUCGUCGACAGCGCCAUCGUCCACAACUCGCAGGAUUUAAAUCAUACGCGCUUCCUGGGCCAUCGUGACGACGAGCAUCCGCUGGCGGUCCAAUUGGGCGGCAACGACCCAUCACUCCUAAAACAAGCGUGUGAGUUGACGGUGGAACACUUGGGCGACACUUGUGUCGAAGUCAACUUGAACUGCGGCUGCCCGUCGAACGUCGUCGCGACCAAACAUGAAUUUGGUGCGAGAUUAAUGUUAAAACCCGAUCGAGUCAGAGACAUCGUGCACGAACUGGACAGGGUUUGUUCGCCUAGAGGUGUGCCCGUGUCCGUGAAGCAUAGAUUGGGCACGGACUUGUCCGGGAGCGACUACGACACAACUUUAAGAUUUGUGGAGAGCUGCCGGCAAGGUGGCUGCAGGCAUUUCAUCCUCCACGCGCGGUCAGCGAUCCUCGCGAAGGGCUUUUCUACUCAACAGAAUCGGACCGUGCCCCCGCUCGACGUGUCGGUAGCUCAUAAGCUCGUGCGGGACCUCCCGGACUGCACCUUUGCGCUCAACGGCCAGUUGAAGACGCUCGAGGACUGCGCAAGGCACCUCGUCGAGUACGAGGACCUCCCGCCGGUCCACUCGUGCAUGGUCGGUCGCGGCGCCUGGUACGAUCCGUGGAAAGUGCUGGCGACGGCGGACGCCUGGUUAGGUGGUGAGGAGAACCCCGCCGUGAGUCGGCGGUCGGUGCUCGACUCCUAUCUAGCUUAUGCGAAUGAACAGUACCCGUUGUUGGACGUGGCCGAGGACGCGUUGUACCGGCCGCUCUUCUACUUGUUUGCGGGGGAGGCGCGCGCCAAAAGUUUUAGGGUGGGUCUGUGUGAUGAGGUGACGCGUCGGGCGAAAGCUUUGAGGCGCGGCAUCGUAGACCUGCCGCCGCCUUCGGUGGUUGUGCGCGAGGCGCUGGCAACGGCGCGCAUCACGACGCACGCGCUGGAGCGGCGGCCGGGCGAGGCGUCUCACAACCGGCCCGAAUCGCCCCUCACUGUUGCCGUGGCGGCGCUGGACGUGUCGGACUCUUCGUCGUCCUAAGAUUUUGUUGUGUUCUGUCCUUUCCACGGCUCUCUCCCCGACGGAUGCCGCGACGACGACGCCGUCGACGCGUAGUCAUGAGCAACUAGUUUUUACGACGGGAGGGAACAGUGUGCGGUCUUGUAGGUGC